AUGGCUACACUUCAGAGUGCGAGUCUAACAUUUGCUGAUAUUGUUGCUUACAAUAAGCACCCAUUUUCGUGCAAAGUUGGGGUACUUCAAAAAUUGCUUGAACUAUUAUAUCUUUUGAUAAAGCGCCGCCUCUUCGUAUCUGUUCCAGAGAAUGCAAACUUCAGCAAUGCAGCGAGUACUGAGAAUCGAGAGACAGUGACAAGUCCUGACAAUUUCUCGAUAAGUGACAUAAAUGUUAUGGAAAAGCAACUCGUGUACUCGAUUCAUCAAAUUGCGCAGCGUACAACUGAAAAACGUGGUAUUGUUUUGCCAUUAUUUAAUGCUAUUGCGAGUCUGGGACUAUCGCUCAUUUUAGAGCUAAGAGUCAUGGGUGUGAAUUUGCCCAUCGAAGUGCCACAUUGUGGAGACUUAGAUGAGAGGCUUCAACGUAUAGUGCUGGGAAAGGAAGAGAUGGGUGUGAUUCGCUUCUAUGAUGUAUGCAAACUUGCUGCAAAGGCUGUUAGUUUCAAAGAUUCGUCACGUCAAGUCUUUUGUGAGAAUUUAUAUAGUUGCCAUCGUACGUUUCGGUCUUUCAGCAUUAAAGUGCUAGCGGUGACGUACUCGCAGUUUGGAGAGCUUAUGCUGCUUGAUGCUGACACCAUAUUUUUUGAAAGCCCAAUGUCCCUUUGGGACACCGAAAAGUACGGCAAGACUGGUACCCUAUUCUUCCACGAUCGAUUAAGUCAAGACGAAAUGUAUCUAGGCAAGCGGAUCGACAAUAAGAUGGCUGUGAGUCAAUUGAAUCAGUACAUUUCGCACUUUGAUGUGUCACCGUUCGCACCUUUAAGUCAUAUUGAACGACCUAAGGCCACUAGUAAGAACAAGAUUCCUGUCAAGCUCAACAAGUACUCACCGAGUGAGCAUUUGCUAUCAAGUCACUCGUGGAAUCAGCGCGCUGGACACGAGAUGGACUCAUCAUUAGUUUUGUGGAACAAAAAGCGACAACCACGUGCAACAGCGAUGCUAGCGGCAUUUGUGGCGUUGAAUCACAUCAAUUGGCCGCCUUCGUACGGUGAAAAGGAAUUAUUUUUCAUUGCUGCUGAACUUGCAGAGACGCAAUACGCUUUCUCUGAUUUUGGAGUUGGCAGCGUGGGCUGGGACUUUCGCGACUACGGUCCUGGCAUGUCCGUAUUAUGCGGUCACGCCGCGCACUUCUAUCCGGUCAAACCGGCAGAUGGUAGUGCUGUGGGCAAUACUAGCGUCUUGUAUCUGAAUAGCGACGCGAUCCUCACUUAUGAUCCCAAAAAUAAGCCUGUAUAUUAUAGUCAGGCGAGGUUAUACGAGGUAUAUCCAGGCUCUUUUGAAGAACGCAAUCUCGCACAGGAAUGUCCAUUCAAUAUUACGGGUGUGCGAUUCUCGUCAAAGCAAGAAGACCACAUAUUGUUACGCCAACGUUUUCACGAAAUUGCGAAAGCGUGGAUAGAAUAG